AUUGAAAUGUCAUCAACAUAGGAGAUAGUAAAAUGUUCAUUCAACCCUGACGAUAUGGGAUAAUUAUUAUAUAAAGAGAUUUAUCAUAAGUAUAUAUUGAUUAAAGAGAGAUUAGAUGGAUAAAAGUAUAAGAAUUGAUUGCAAAGGAUCCAAUAUUGCAAAAUAAUGUUGGAGAUUAUGGUUAGAGUAGAGAUAAAUUAUAUGAGAUUUAUUGUAAGAAGGCCUAUAAAUUACAUAAGUUAUUAAAUUAUAGUGAUGAAAUGAUUCCUGGUAUGGUGAACAGUCAAUUUCCAGAAACAGUAGUGACUGUAUUGCAUUAAACAAUGUUUAUUCCAACUAUAAAGUAUUUGGGAACCGAAAAAUAAAUUGAGAAAUGGCUACCUCCAUCAUUAAAUUAUGAAAUUGUAGGAUGUUAUGCUUAGACUGAAUUAGGACACGGAUCAGAUGUAUAAAAUUUAGAAACUACUGCUGUCUAUGAUAAAAAUACAGAAGAGUUUAUUUUAAAUUCUCCAACAAUAUCAUCAACAAAAUGGUGGAUUGGAGAUUUAGGAUUGACAGCAACUCAUGCUGUAACACAUGCUUAAUUAUUUAUUAAUGGGAAACAUUAUGGAGUACAAACUUUUAUUGUUUAAGUAAGAGAUACUCAUACUCAUUUACCAUUAAAAGGAAUUGAAGUUGGAGAUGUUGGACCUAAAUAUGGUUAUAAUACUAAAGAUAAUGGAUAUUUAAGAAUGAAUAAUGUUAGAAUUCCUAGAGAAUAAAUGCUUAUGAGAUAUUCUAAAGUAAGUAAAGCUGGAGAAUUUAUAAAAGCUCAAAAUGAGAAAAUUGGAUAUGCCACUAUGAUGUAAGUUAGAACUUCAAUCAUUUUUAAUACUUAUAUCUCAUUAGCAUAAGGUUUAGCUAUAGGAGUUAGAUAUUCUCAUUUUAGAAGAUAAUUUAAAGAUAAAAAUGGUAUUGAAAGACCUAUUAUUGAUUAUUAAACUUAAUAAGAUAAAUUAAUACCUUUAGUUGCUGAUUGUUAUGCUUAAGGUUUUGGAUGUUAAAGAAUUAAAGAGAUUUUAACAGAAAAUCUUAAAAGAAUUAAUGAAAAGAAUGAUUUUUCUCUUAUGGGAGAUUUACAUGCAUUAUUAUGUUGUUGUAAGGCUGUUUAUACAUGGAAUACACAUUUUGGUUUAGAUAAAAUUAGAUAAUCUUUGGGAGGACACGGAUUCUUAUAAUCAUCAGGUGUUUGUACUAUUUAAACAGAAUUUUCACCAAGUUGUACCUAUGAAGGAGAAAAUACAGUCUUAUUGCUUUAAACUGGAAGAUAUCUCUUAAAAGCUUGUAAUAAAGCAUAAAAAAAUUAACCUAUUAAUGAAAAUGUUGAAUACCUUCAUAAUUUACAAUCAACUUUAUCUUAGAAAGCUACUUUCACAAGAUAAGAGUAGCUUUUAUGUCCUGAAAUUAUUAGAAAACUUAUGAGAUUACAUGCAGCAUUCUAUGUCAACAAAAUGAUGCUUAAAAUGAUGGAAAAAGGUAAUAUUUUAACAUUAUCAAAAAUUAGCUGGUGAGUUUGGACCUAAGGAAGCAUGGAAUAAACAUGUCGGUGUUUCUAUAACAGAAGCUUCUAUUGCUCAUACAUAUUAUUGGACAUUUAAAACCUUCUUAGAUACAUUAAUUAAGUAAUUAUUGUAAAUAAUUUAUAGAAUAUAAGAUGAAAAUAUUAGAUCUGUAUUAUCUAAUUUAUGUUGCUUAUAUGGAUUAUAAAGAAUUAUUGAUUGGCCAAUAGGGUAUUUUGAGGGCAGAUUUUUAACAGGAGAAUAAUUAGAAAUUAUUUUAAAUGCAAAAGAAUAUAUUUUCACUUUGAUUAAACCAGAUUUACUAGGAUUAGUUGAUGUAAAUUGAAUAAUUAUCAUAUAGGCUUUUAAAUUUAAUGAAAAUGCUUUAAGAUCAGAUUUAGUUGAUCCAAAACCUUAUGAAAAAUUAUUAUAAAGUGCUAAAUUGAGUUCAGUAAAUAAUGAAGAGUACUAAAAGAAAUUAAGAUCAUUGACAAGAUAACUUAGAGAGAUUCCAAAGCUAUGA